ACAACAUGUUUUACGUUUGUCCUUUGAUAGCCCUAGGUCAUACCCUCGUAAUGAAACUGCAAACUCUCAAAAUCUGGAUGAUUGCUGCCUGCAUUGUACAUGGUUUCGGAUUUGGAAUUCUUAUCGCAAUGACACCUGUUGUUAUUUACGACUUAGUGGGACAUGAAAAGUUUCUGCAAGCUUUGUCUCAGCUUCUCCUGGUUAUUGGAAUUGCAAACUUACUGUGCAAUUUUGUAGGAGGUAGCAUACGAGAUGUAUAUGGAACAUAUGAUUUGGCUUAUGAGCUGGGUGUAGCAGCAGCACUUCUGGCGGCCCUCGGUUUCUUGGUCAUGGCUUGUGUCACAAAGAAACACCACAGAAAGGAAGAUCUUUUACAGCAACACUAUUUUAAAACCACCCCAUACAACUCUAUAAAUUGAACUGUUUAAUUACUUGUAUUUUCAGAAUAUUUUAAUUUUAGGUUAAUGAAUAGGAAAAGUGCUUUGAGUAUGCAUCGUAUGUCGCACGCAAUCAAUUGCGGUGACCCAGUGUCGUACUUCAAGUUCUUGCAAUAGUCUUCGUACAAAAAUAAUGGCGUUUGAUAUAUUUUUUGAAUAAUGAAUAAUAGAAGUAUUUAAAUUUACUUUUCUUUGGAUAGUUAGUUACAAAAUUCAUAGGCAUAAGAUAUUUGAUAACCCUAUUAUGAACAGAGUGUUAGAAAAAGGUAACCACUUUCACCAUAAAAGACCAUAAUUUCGAGCAAAAUUUCACUAUUUUAUUCAAUAACGUCAACGUUUUACUUUUUGUAAAGUCAUCAUUAAAUUUAUCAAAAAUACAUUAUGUAUAUAGUACAUAGGAUUAGAUUUAAGUUUUCAGUCAGUUGUACGUGGACUACUCUAAAAACGUUUACACGUACACAUGUUCAAGGAGGUACAAUGUUGUCUAAAUGGAUGCUACAGUCAACAUCCUCUAACCCCGGCUGGACCUGAACUCAACAUUUGCACAUGUUACAAGUACCAAAAGUACAGUUUUAAAGACGUCCGCAGAUCAGAACAUACGGCGAUGUACAUGAAGCUUUCAAUGAUACACUAGAUUGAAAUUCCAUGAAAAGCGGCGUAUAUAGUCCUCAGUUAAAUAAACAAAAGACGCAAAACUCGUUGACAUGGCGUUUGACAAAACUGAAAUAUUAUACGUAAAGUUUAAAGAAUAAUACAAACUCGCCUAAAAGUCUAUGGAUAAAACCUUUUUUUGUACUUUUUGUAACCUAAACCAAAGGUCUCAAUCCGAAAAUUGAGGAGUUCCAUGCAAAGUUUGUUUUAGCCCCUACAAAUAGAGUAUAAAUCAAUAUCAUCAUAAUAUUUCGCAUUUACUACACAAAUAAAUUACGAAAUGAAAUAAAAAUACUUAUCAGUUGCCGCCACUAGAUGAGAUAAAUAUUGUGAAAGAUAACGUACAUCAAUGGAUCAAUUUUAAAGUCAGAAGUGAUUGUUCAUGUAAUAAAAGCUUACUACUAUUUACGGUAUCUUGCAUAAAACUUGAUACAUUACAGAAUUAAUUACAAAAUAUUUCUUUUGACUUUCCAGUAUUAGUGCAAUAAAAGAUGAUGUACAAAGGUACCGCUCUUAAGUUAUAUGAGAACUCUGAUUUUCAUCUGCAUUGG